AUGCCUCCCAAGUCAAAACACUACGAAAGCGUCGCGGACACAGACGACCACGACCACGACGCCCGCUCCAGCACGGAAGUCGAAGAAGCCCUGAUGGACGAGGAGAAGCACCACCACUGGCACUCGAUCGACCUGGACGCCGAGACGCAGCAAACGAAAAGGACGUGGUGGAAGACGACCAAGACGCUGCUGCGGCGGUACCGCUGGCUCAUCGACACCCUCCUGCUGCUGACCAACAUCGGGCUCUCGCUCGGGUUGUCGCUGCUGUUGUAUUACCAGUUCGAGGACGCCAAGUUCCCGGUCACGACGAGGCAGGUCGGUGGGGAUUAUACGGGUGCCGGGCCGAUGUUUCCGACGAAGGUUGUUUCGUUUGCGGCGGAUUAUUCGUAUGUGCCACCGAACGGGACUGAUUUCCUUUCGGAUGCUACGUUGAGCCAGUGGAGGUCUCUUCUGCCGGUCGGCUCGGGAUGGAAGUGGGUUGGAAACGACCCCUUCUUCACCACCUCCAUGACGCACCAACUUCACUGCAUCUUCAUGAUGGGCAAGAUCUUCUCGGGCCUUACGACGAACAACAUGACGCACGUGCCGACGGACUACGUCUCGCACUACUUCCACUGCGUCGACUACCUCCGGCAGGCCGUCAUGUGCAGCGGCGACCUGGCGCUCGAGCCGCACGAGAUCACCGACUCGGACGACAACGGGCCCGGGGACGGCAGCUGGAACGGGCAGCACGUGUGUAAGGAUUACAGCCAGGUGAUGAAGUAUCUCGAUAAGCAGAUUGCGGAGGGGGUGAGGGUUGUGUUGCCGAUAGAUGAUUAA